AUGAGAAAUCAGUGGCUGCGAUUGCUUCUCACGCGCUUCCGCACUCCGUCGCAGCCCCACGCAAGUCAGGUCCACAUCCGCUCCUUCUCUUCCUCAUUUCUCCACCCACGCGCACCUCAAGCGACGCCGAAACCUUUUGUCUUUCGUCAACAUUUCUCGUCGUCCCCUGAGCACGCCGUUGAGUCGUCAAAGCCUCUCUCCGAUGGAGAUACUCUGUUGGCGGACAUUUUCGCUAGACCUGGAAAAUCUAGUGACGAGAUUAAGCUAGAUUUAGAUUCAAAAAACGUUGUUAUUACUCAUGAUUUGGUACUGAGCUUCUUGAAGAAUCCCAAUACCGAUCCUGAUGCAGCCAGGCGGGUAUUUGAUUGGGUAUUGGAGAGUCAGGGCGAGAAACUGAGCUCCAAGUCGUAUAAUUGGAUGCUAGGGAUUUUAGGCAGCAGGGGAUUAGUGAAGGAAACUUGGGAUAUGAUUGGAAUUAUGAAAAGGAAAGGAUAUGGUGUGUCGAAGGGUGCCUUUGAUCGCAUUUAUGAGAGAUUCCAGAAAGAUGGGCUGGCUGAUGAUGUGGAGAAGCUGAAGGAGUUGUAUGCUUUGGGUUCAGCAAGCUGUAAGAAGGAUAACCCGAGUAAGGAAAAUGAUGUAGGCUUGACCUGUUCUCAGAUAAGUGAUUUUAUUAGAAGAGAAGUGUGGGUUGAUGAUGUGGAGAAAAAACUGCAGGAAUCAAAUGUGAAGUAUUCGAGUGAUGUGGUUGUGAACGUGUUGGGCAAUCUUGGAACCGAGCCCAAUAAAGCAUUGAUUUUCUUUAGAUGGGUUCAGGAGAGUGGUCUUUUUAAGCACGAUGAGCGGUCUUUUAAUGCAAUGGCUAGAGUAUUGGCUAAAGAAGAUCAUAGUCAGAAGUUCUGGAAGUUUGUUAAUGAAAUGAGAGGUGACGGGCACCAGAUUGAGAGAGAGACCUAUGUUCAUAUCUUGGAGCGGUUUGUUAAGCGGAAAAUGAUGAAAGAUGCUGUUGAUUUGUACGAAUUUGCAAUGACUGGUGGGAACAAGCCUUUGGCUAGUGACUGCACUUUCCUUUUGAAAAAAAUAGUGGUUAGCAAGGAACUGGACAUGGACUUGUUUCGGAAAGUCGUAGGGGUCUUUAAGGCCAACGGGAAUGUACUAACAGAUGCCAACUUCAAUGCUGUUCUGAAAUCUUUAAUUAGUGUUGGGAGGUUGAACGAGUGCAAUAGAAUAUUGGCAGCCAUGGAGGAGGCUGGCUAUGUGCCCAGUGGUUCUACAAGAAGCAAGAUUGCUUAUACGCUUAGUAGUACUGGCAAAUCAGAGGAAGCACUGGAGUUUGUGAAUAACAAAGCAGCUUCAAAGGAUACUUCUGAUUACAAAACAUGGGAGUCUUUAGUUAAAGGAUUUUGUGUGGCCCGUGAUUUUGAUAAGGCAUCUAAUAGCCUCAGGGAGAUGAUCGAGAAAGAAGGGCCCACUUGUGCUGGGAAGGCUUUACAUGUUUUGAUCGGUACAUACUGUCAAAAAAAUAUGCCUAUGGACGCCUACAAGUUUGCUCUGGAUAUGGCCAAUAAUAAAGGCGUGACUAUAUGGAAUACCACGUACAAGGCACUAACGCGAAAUCUGUUACCUAAGAAGCACUUUAAGGAAGCUCUGAACAUCAUGAGUGCAAUGAAGAAGCAAGAAUACCCUCCAGACUUAGACUCCUUUGUCAAGUAUCUCUCCAGGAAAGGCAGUGCUGAGGAGUCUGUUGAGUUUUUAAAAGCUAUGACGUCAAAAAGGUUUCCACCAACUUCCGUGUUUAUCCGGUUAUUUGAAGCUUAUCUUAAAGCCGGGAGGAAAUCCGAGGCACAGGACUUUCUUUCGCAAUGCCCGAGACACAUCAAAAAUCACGCUGAUGUUUUGAAUCUCUUUCUCUCUGGAAACUCGGGCGUGACAGGGGAUGAAGCUGCUGUUUCUGUGUAG